UGUGUGCAUGUAGUGUGUGUGUGUGUGUGUGCGUAGGCACAUGCACACAUGCCAAAGCACAGCCUGUGAGAGUUCAUCCUCUCCUACCGUGUGGGUCCUGCAGAUUGAACUCAGGCCCUCAGGCGUGAUAGCCCACACCUCCAUCCGCACUGUCAUCUUGCUGGCCUUGUUGGCCUGCUCUGACGGAGGCAGGACUCCCUGGAUGAGCCCAUUGUCCUGCCAGCCACAGAUAGGAAGUAGGGGGUGGCUUCAGGAAGGGCUAAGAGCCCCAUAUGGUGGAGUCUUGGAGGAGGGCUGGACUGUCAUCCAAACAGAACUUGUGUGACUAGCUCGCAGGAAGUGGCCACUUGGCUCACAGAUGUUUCCUGGGCCGGGUAGGAUGAAGAGUUUGUGGGAAUGGGGUGGGGGCUGAAGUCCAGGGUCCUUGUCUGUGUCCUUGGCCCUGUUCCUCGUGAGGCAUCUUGGAGACACAGACAGACCUGGUCAGGAUGCCUCCUAAGUAUACAGAAGGGCCCCUCACAGGCUCCGGGGUGAGCAAUCAGGCCUGCGGGGGUGGGAGCUCUGCUUAGGGUUAUCUUCCCAAGGUAGAGUGUGCUCUCUGCUGGGGCUCCGGAAGCCGGGGGUGGGAUUGACAAGGCAGAGAGUCCUGGGCUACAGCCCAGAAGUGGAGUCCAACCCUGACAGCAUGUCCUGGCUGCUGCUGUGUCCUCUGGUGCUGGGGCUAAGCCUGGCAGAGGGCACCCAGACCCCCAGCAUGUAUGAUGAUGGAGAGAGCACCGGGGGAGGCCACGAAGGCACUGUGGGUCCCACGGCUGGAUUCAAGGAGUCCAAGUCCCCAGUCCAGCUUCACCCACGAGGCUUCCCGGGCAAGUUCUGUGCCAACGACAGUGACACGCUGGAGCUCCCCGCCAGCUCCCGAGCACUGCUGCUGGGGUGGGUCCCCACGAGGUUGGUGCCUGCUCUCUAUGGGCUGGUGGUGACCGUGGGAUUGCCGGCCAACGGGCUGGCGCUAUGGGUGCUGGCCACACGGGUGCCCCGCCUGCCCUCCACCGUCCUGCUCAUGAACCUCGCAGUCGCGGACCUACUCCUGGCCCUGGUGCUGCCACCACGCCUGGCCUACCACCUGCGUGGCCAGCACUGGCCCUUUGGGGAGGCCGCGUGCCGGAUGGCCACAGCCGCCCUCUUCGGCCACAUGUAUGGCUCAGUGUUGCUGCUGGCUGCAGUCAGCCUGGACCGGUACCUGGCCCUGGUGCAUCCUCUGCGAGCUCGUGCACUGCGUGGUUGGCGCCUGACCACUGGGCUCUGCUUGGUGGCCUGGCUCUCCGCGGCCACCCUGGCCCUGCCUCUCACUUUGCAGCGGCAGACCUUCCGACUGGCUGGCUCCGACCUAACGCUGUGUCAUGAUGCAUUGCCUCUGGCUGAGCAGACUUCCCACUGGCGACCGGCCUUCACCUGCCUGGCUGUCUUGGGCUGCUUCUUGCCACUGCUGGCCAUGGGACUGUGCUAUGGGGCCACCCUGCGUGCACUGGCGGCCAGUGGCCAGCGCUACAGCCAUGCGCUCAGACUGACAGCCUUGGUCCUGGCCUCAGCCGUGGCCUCAUUCACUCCCAGCAAUGUGUUGCUGGUCCUGCACUAUUCGAACCCGAGCCCCGAGGCCUGGGGCGAUCUCUACGGAGCCUAUGUGCCCAGCCUGGCGCUCAGCACCCUCAACAGCUGCGUGGACCCUUUCAUUUACUUCUACGUAUCCCACGAGUUCAGGGACAAGGUGCGGGCCAUACUGUGUCGCCGGCCAGACACCAGCAGCUCUUCUCAGGCGUCCAGGGAGGUGGCAAGUCGAGGGACUGCCAUUUGCUCCUCUGCACUUCUGUGACAGGUGGCUGGGGUGGAAAGGGGGCAUUCAGGGUAGACUGGGUCUUCCCUUAAACUACACCCUUCCUGGAUCCUCAGGGCACGACCUUAUUUGGAAGUGCAGUUGUGACGGUCACUAGUGGAGCCGAGGUCUGCAGAAGGGCGGUGGCCAAGUCCUCAGGGCUGCACACCUGUCACCCCAGCACUGAGUGGGGGGAAGACCAUCAGGAGCUUAGGGUUAUCUUUGACUACAUAAUGAAUGCUGAGCUAGCCUGGGCUGUGUGAAACCCUGUCCUUAAAAAGAAAAUGCAGUAACAGAGUACAAGAAUGUGUGAAGCCGGGCGUUGGUGGCGCACGCCUUUAAUCCCAGCACUGGGGAGGCAGAGGCAGGCGGAUCUCUGUGAGUUUGAGACCAGCCUGGUCUACAGAGUGAGUUCCAGGACAGCCAGGGCUGCACAGGGAAACCCUGUCUCAGAAAACAAAGAGGUGGGGUGUGUGUGACUAUGGAGGCAGCAAAGAGUGAUAAGGCCACAGGCCAAGGGACACUGAGGGUGGCUGGGGUCAGAGAAACCAGAAGUGUGACAGUCUCUCCCUCAAAGACUGGGAGCCAACCCUGGACACCCUGAUCUUGUCACGGAGCCUUUCAGAAUUGCGACAAUAAACCUCAACCCUUGUG